ACUCCCAAAAUAACAAACAUUUUAUUUCAUCACUUUUAGAGAGAGAAAGAAGAGAGAGAAACGGGUGUAGAUAAUGUCUAAUCUCUCAGCUCCAAUAGUGGGGAUUUCAAUUUCAUGGCUGCCUUCAAAACCAAGGAAUCAAACCAGAGAUCAUCAAAAUUCAUCUCCUCAUCUCUCUACCCACAAAUCCAGAAACCCUAGAAACAACCACAUUUGCAGAGCGCACUACAGUUCGUCAGAAAUCCCAAUUCCUCUCUCAUCCGCAUCUUCAAUCAACGCGCCGCUCGACGCAAUAACCGCGACGAUUCCGCAAUCGAAAUUGCUGGAGAAUCUGGUUCUCGCCGAUUUGGAUCCGGCGACGGCGAAGGUGGCGAUAGGGUUAUUAGGGCCGUUUUUGUCUGGAUUUGGGUUUUUGUUCAUAGCGAGGAUAGUGAUGUCAUGGUACCCUAAGCUGCCGCUGGAAGAGUUCCCGUACGUGCUGGCCUACGCGCCGACGGAGCCGCUGCUGGUUCAGACGAGGAAGGUGAUUCCGCCGUUGGCCGGAGUUGACGUAACGCCGGUGGUCUGGUUUGGGUUGCUCAGUUUUAUGAAUGAAAUCCUUGUGGGCCCACAGGGUCUCCUUGUUCUUCUUUCUCAGCAGAAAGUUUAGCUUUCAUUUUUUAUUUGUUAUAUUUUGGAUAUAUAUUUCGAUUUUAUUUCUAAAAAAAAAAGGGAUAUAUUUUAUUUUAUUUCGAUUUUAUACGAAAUUAUACCAAUCUAUUUCGUAUUUGAUUCGAGAUCGUUCUUUAAAAGCUAUUUAUGCUCGAUUUGUUAAUAUGACGAACAAAAAAAGAACACUUUUUUUUUCGUUCGAUAAGCUAAUCGAACUUGAUUCGUAUUCGACUUGAUAGUGCUGAAAUUAGACCAAUCGAUUUUGUAUUUG